CUUAAAUCUUUCGGAGGAGUCAUUUAUUUAUAUGUUAUUUAUUUAUUUUUUAAUGUUUUUGAGAUUUGAGAUUCACACCGCGAGGCUGUGCUGAUCUGAAUCUUUGUUGGCACCUGGAGAAGGGAAUUUGUGCCACACUGGAGCUUUCUGGUGCGCGCCGGAGGACGAUCCACGGGGCAAUACAGAAAGGAGACGGAGCCUAUGCUGAACGCAUGUCCCCGCAUGGCCUGAAUACAAAUAAACCAAAAGCAGCUGGUGUAUGAGCUGCACCAGUCUCUAAUUUACCCAACAAGCGUGUGAUUGGUGUGGAGAGUCACCUCGCAGGAGCAGCAGCAGCAGCGCACUCUCCAUUUUACGUGGAUCUGCUCUCUGCCGGUGUUUCACGUAAAGCAGUAAAACCACGCCGACUGAAUCGAGAUUGAGGAGCUAAAAGUUUUUUUGUAUUCUUGCUUGCAUCGACCUCCUCCGGCUCGGUACCAAUGAUGACUGAAAACAGUGAGAUGGAGAGCAACUCGCAGCUCCAGCGCUCCCCAAACAACAUGCCCAUCCAGCCGAUGUCAUCCAAGCUCCAGAGAUUGAAACGCUCACUAUCCUUCAAGACCAUGAUGCGCAGCAAGAGCGUGGAGAACUUCUUUCAGAGGUCCUACAGCGACGCUCGCCUGCCCGCUGACUUUAUCACUGACCCGCCACCGCCUUCUCCCCCACUGCCACCCGGCUCCCCUCUCGUUGGCGAACGCUCACCCUCCAUUUCACCGUCUCUUAGCCCCAACCCCUCCAUCUGUUCCCACUCACCGUCUCUCAGCCUUUCUCCAUCACUGCCUGCAAAGCCUCCCCAAGCUCAGAUUAACCACUGUUUUCAGGACCACAUCUUUCGGAAGCCCACCAACUGCCAGCACUGCAAGCACAUGAUAGUGGGAAACUCCAAACAAGCUCUGCGGUGUAAAACAUGCAAGAUGGCUGCUCACCUGUGGUGCACAUCAGAACUCUCGCAGCAGCAAUGCCAUGGAAAGUCCGGAGCAUUCAAGCGAAACUUCAGCUCGCCGAUGCUCGUCAAUGACCAAUUGGCUGUCGUCAAGGAAGUUCAGCCAAGCCAGGAGGCUGCGCGGAUGCGUGUAGACCCCGUGUAUGCCGCCUUACGCUACGGGACGUCCUUGGCACAGAUGAGCCGUUCCAGUUUUGGCAGUUUAUCAGAAUCACCAACACGCAGCUUGGGGGAGGGAGGUGAGGAGAGGCAGGAGAGACAGUGCAGCAUGGAGGAGGAGAUAACUCAGGAGACAGGGGAAAUCCUCGCACCACUUCCAGAUGCCGCCGUUCCAGAGAAAGAGAUGGAAAAGGAGAUGGAGAAGGAGGUGGAGCAGAGCUGCGAGCAAGCAGAGAUUCCUGCAGAGGACAGCAGUUCAAAGGUGCCCAAGCGUAUUGAAGUCCACUCCAUCCACACCUAUGUAGCACUCUACAGGUUCCUGCCUCAGGAGCUGAAUGACCUGGAACUACAUCCUGGUGAUCGGGUGCAGGUCACAGACGACUCUAAUGAGGAGUGGUGGAAGGGUAAAAGUGGUGACAGAGUCGGUUUCUUCCCUGCCAACUUUGUGCAAAGGGUCCGACCCGGGGAGAGGGUCUGGCGGGUCAUUCAGGGCUUUCCCGGAAACAGAGAAAAAGGACACAUGGCAGUGAGAGAGUCGCAGAUUUGUGUUGGGAAGAGAGAAGAGGGGGAAGCUUUUCUGAAGCUGAGCAGUGGAAAGAAGAGAGGCCUGGUCCCUGCCGACUCCAUAGAGGAGAUCUGAACAUUACUUCACUUUUACACUCCGACUCAAACUGUCAGCCCCGCACUCUGCCCCGCUCUCUGGAGAAAUGACCAUAUAAUCCCCUGCAACCGCACAGAAAAAUACACACUCCUGCCAAGAUCCGACGCCACCGUCUCUGACAAACAUUUGUUUUCUCAGAGCGUUUAUUAACUGCUGUCCUGCACCAAGGACUGUGAUUGACUCAACAUCUUAGACAAAGGGAAGCAGAGGUAAAUGUGGCUUCAAAUAAUUGGAUCGCAUUCAGUUUUGCCUGUCAAAAACCCUUUUCCAACUGUGGGAGGAUAUUGAAUCCUGUUAUGGGAACAUCAUGCUUGUGUCAGUGUCCUUUUUCUUGCUUCUACCCACUCGGUGUGUCUCAUCACUAUCUGCUCAUUUCAGGGCUUUUUUCCCUUGGGGCUGUUAUCAUAUAUUGUUACUGCAACUACAGACUCUUUUCAAGGAACAACCACUGCCAUCCACUGAAAGCUACACUGCCACUAGAGAAACUUUCUGAUGAGAUGGAAGGAAGUCAUACAAAUUUAAAGUCUGCAUCCGACAGUGCUUUAACUGAUAAAUGUAAAAAUGUAGACUAUGAAUCAAUUUUUUAAGAAAAAGUGAAGGCUCCAACGACCUUGUCACAGAGGUUUAAAUCUGUAUUUUCCAGUAUAUAGAAAUAUUUAAAGUCAAAGAAUUGCAUCGAGUGAACAGGGGUGUCCAAAGUGUGGAUCAGGGGCCAUUGGUGACCCUUGGACUGACUUUUUGUGGCCCCCAACCAGAGGUCACGCUAGACUUUUUUGUUCUCUGUCAUCUUGACCAACAACAUUUUAAAAAAUCAGUCAUGUACAAUUUUUACCUGUCAAAUUGUAAUCAUAUAAACAUAGGCUAUUUAGCAUUUUUAUGUGGUUUGGUUAAUAUUCACCAAGGAGAACCGUGAAUCCAGAUUCCAUCACACAUAAAGCAGAUAAAUGCAUCUAACUUUUUCUCCGUAGUGACAAAAAUCACUGACUGUGGCCCCAAUAACUUACAAUAAGUAAAAUUAAAGACUCCACUUCAAUUACAGUCACUUUUCCUGCUGGGAUCUGAACUCACAGCUUCAUAAAUUCCUCCUGGUUCAUCAGUCAGUUGGAUCCGUCUGAUCCAAAUCAAUUCGAUUAACGUGACCUCUGCCCCCAACUGCAGUUCAAGAAUGGUACAAAUUCAUUUAUUAAACAUCCUCUUAUAAAUCAGGGUAUGGUUUUCUUGCUAUGGAAAAUGCUGAGUAAAACACAAAGUAUUUUGCAGCCAAAAUGUUAUAAGAAGAACCAGGUCUAUCUAGUGGCUUUUACUGAGAAGCCGACUUUACCAAACUUUAUCUUUACCUUUUCCAACCUCAACUUUUAUUUCGUAUCAUCUUGGCUAAGUGUAGCAAUCGUUUUGAAAGAAUGUGACCCAGAUCAUUAUUUUAUUACAAAGAAUACAUUUUUUCAACUGAGCCUAAAAUAUUGUGCAGAAUCCUAGUUAUCCCACUCUUGGGUCUACGACAGAUUUUUGUUGUUCUUUUAAUUGUAUAUUCUUUGCCCCCAAGUACUUCUGACAUGAUGAAUUUGGUCCAACUUACAAACAUUUUGGACACCCCUGAUGUAGAAGGAACAGUCAGUAUUUUGAAGCUUUUUGUGAGCGUGGAGAAAGGAAAGAAAGGUGUCAACAAGUGUGGAAGUUCAAAGCGGAAGACGCUGUUCUGUUUUCACACACCAGCUCGCUGCGCACAUGAAGGUUUGGCGCCUGCUGAGAUUCGUUCGAGGUCCGCUUCAGGCAUCGCAAGCACUGCCUGCCGAUUUCCUUUUUUUUUCUAACAAGUUUACUGCUACUGAAAACAGCAGGAAAUAAAACACACCUGCAGCCAGCCAUUGCAGAAAAUAAAAACAGCAACAUUUUAAGGGUCUCUCUGGCUGUGACGAAGAGCCUAAGUUUCUCUGACGGUGCAGAGGAGGAGGCGGCACAGCGAGAGAGAUGACACGAGCGCUGAACCGUUAUGAGUCAGCGUGCUUCGAGGUAACACUGUACCCAUGGGUGCAUGGGAGUCAUCCAUUGAUCAAAUGUCAGCCCGCCUUCCUUCCCUCCCAGUUUGGCCCUUCUUGUCUUCUUGUUAUUGAUGUGACUGGUCAGCUGUGAUAUCGAGUGAGCACAUUUUUUUUUUUUUUUUGCUUGAAUCCCAGAGCACUUUGGAUAGUUUAGACAUCUAUAGUUAAUUUAUUCAUUUUGCAGCUAAUCUAAUGCAUUUUUUCAGCCAGGACCCCCCUUCCACCAGCAGGGGAAACAUACAGUUUGCAUGUCAAAGACAAAAUGACUUGAAGUAGAGAAUACAUUAGAAGUCAUAUAAAAUAUUUAUCAUUUAGAUGAAAGAACAACUUUCUCAUCUGCAUUUCAAAACUUUGAAAAGGUCUAAUAAAUAAGCAUCUUCUCCUGUAAAAAGUAAAAGUAGCAUUUAUUUUUUUCCGUUUAUCACCAUUAUCUAUGUUGUCAAACAAAUAUUGCAACUUUACCAUGAAAUUCUCCAUGUUGUUUGUGUCUUUUUGUCAAAAAGCAGCAUUGUCUUAAAGAAUAUCUGCAGCAUCCUCUUCAGGAAUUAUUAAAGAUGUGUAAAAAGCCUUAAAAUUAUGAUUUUUUAAAAUUUAAUAGGAUUUAAAAAUAGAAAAAUUGGUCCUUUAUUUUAAAAACAGUAGAGUCAAAUUAAUUAAGAAUGACCACAAAUGUUACAAUACUGAGAUAAAUGACUAUUCAAAUUCAUUUCAAUUAAUUUAAAAAGUAUGAUGUUAAUGAAAUUUAAUCCUUUAAAAAAAUAAGUUCUCACUUUUUUUUAUCCGUGUCUUCGAGCACCAUUCAAAUGAAGUGUUGAUCUCCAGGAUAUCGUUUUCUGAAAGCAGCAGCUGGUUUACACUUACUCAUAUCUGUGGUCAGAACAGUAAUUAAAGAAGGCACAAACACAUGGGACUGUGUUGUUCCAGGACCCAAAAACCAAGAUGGUAAAAAAACAGAAAAGGGUAAAAUCUUGGUGGCCUGGAGUCUCCAGAUUAAUGAGAUGCUCUCUGUAUGCCAGUCAUCUGUUUGUAAAGUUUCUUCACAUUACUAGGACUUGAACCCCUUAACUGACAUCCUAAAAAUGCUUACAUGUAAUGCAAUGGGUUCAUAAAGGCACCAAUGUCAUCAUCACAAUUAGAAGGUUAAAUAGAUCUGUGCCUUGGUCCAAUGAUACUGAAGCUACGCCAUUCUGAGGUUGGAUUAAAAAAAAAAAAUUAAAGUACCUAAUAUCCAAUGAUAAGUACAGUGGAGGAUCUGUGAUGCUGUGGGCAAGUUUCUGUUCAUGCCCACAGCAUUCCACAAACUAUUUAAAAUACGCUAUUCAAUAUGCUGAAUAAAAAAUAUCAGUUAUGGAUCUUAUGUUACCACAUACGAAAAGUCUUUCUGCAGGAAAAGAUCUGUGCAAAUUAAAGAAAAAAAAACUAACUAAAUUAAAUGCUUUCUAUACAUCUUUCCCAAGGGUAACAGUAAUCAUGCAGAGGGCUGUGCAAAAGUGUAAGCUAACCCUGAUAUGUACCAGCACCUUCUUGUUACUUUACUCUGCGUAAGUUUGUGUCGCAUCGCACUUCUGAGGUUUCUAAAUGUAAAGUAAGCAUCUGGUGUCUAGUGUCACAAAGUCAAUGUUCCUCAACUUUACCUCAAUAAAAUGUCUUUU